AACAAGAAAACUCGCAGGUGACUCAUCAACAAAGAAAAGUAAAGCGCUCGCCUCGCAAGAUAACGCAAAACCGUGCAAUUCACAAACAGUAGAAGCAAGUUACGGCGACACAGUUAAACCCUUGGUUUGUUUGCACAGCAAGUGGUUCGCUGCAACGUUUGCCACAACGACUGGGUAAUCGUGUUCGCCGCCAGGAGAGCGGAAACCGUGGAAACGAAAUGUCCCUCAACACAGCGCACGCCAAUAAUGGCGUUUUAAUACACGCAGGCGAAGGUAUUUUGAUCUUUAGCGAUCAUGUGACAAUCGAGUUCACCGGUCACGACAACCCGGCGAUGAAGGGUACCAAGCAGGGCCGGGUGUACCUGACCACGCACCGGGUCAUCUACAAUGGCAAGCACGAGAGCGAUGCGCUGCGCUCCUUCAGCAUGCCGUUCGUGACGAUGCGCGAGGUAGAGAUCGAGCAGCCGGUCUUCGGGGCCAACUACAUCAAGGGCAAGGUGACGGCCCAGCAGAAUGGCAAUUGGAAUGGCGAGGCCAAGUUCAAGAUCCUGUUUAAGCAUGGUGGUGCGAUCGAUUUUGGGCAGGCGAUGCUGCGUGCCGCUUCGAUCGCGCAACGUAACGCUGGCAGUGCACCGCCGCCACCGUACACACCACCGGGUGGGGCCUGGUACGCAGCGCCACCGCCAGCGUACACGCCCAACCCGUACAACUAUGGCUGGGUACCGGGGGCGAGCGUAUUCCCCGAGCAACCGCAACCGAACUCGAUCUACAUGCACGACAGUCCGCCGCCCUACCCGGGUAUCAUCGCGAACACCGGUGGCUAUCCGCAGCCAGCGGCGGCCGGUUAUCCCUAUCCACCGCAGUAUCCACCACAGCACGGCGCACCAAACGGAGGUGGCUACCCGAUGCAGAUGGCACCCGGGUUUGUGGCCGGACCUGGAGUUGGUUACCCGAAUGGUGGGCAUGCGGCACAGCCCGGUCCAUCGAACGGUGGUGUUGCGAUGGGUUUCUCGGCACCACCACAACCACCAGCCAAUUCCAAGGAAGCGGAAGCGGCUCAGAGUGCGUACUACGAUCCCAAUAGCCCGCAGACGGCUUACGUUCCGCCGCCGGCUUAUUACGAACCGCCACCAAGCUACAGCUCGUUGAACAAGAAGGAACAAUAGAGAUGGUCGGUCGGGAGGGAAAACCAUAAACUCCUCUGAUCCUCUGGGAGAACCGUGCAUCGUAUUUGUUGUAUUUCAACGUUCGCAGCGAGGAGGGAACGGGGACAACUCCCUACUCUCCCUUUCCUCUAAGCUGUAUCGCUUGCCUUCGGAUGUCGAUGUCUAUUCGUUGUUUGUUACAUUAAUUAUCAUUGUUUUGCUAGUUUGUUAACCGCAGCGAGCCAAGCCCUAGCACCGGUGAAGGAAGAGAACGGAUAGCAGUUUUUGAUAGCGGGAAGGGAUCGAAGGCAGGCACUUUUAGGGGAGGACACAGCAUUCCGAAACACACAACUUUUGGAGCAAAAAAAAUUGUUUAAUCACCAAGUGUAAUAACCUACAAAGAUGAAUCGAAUCUACAAAUAAAAGCUAUAAAUCACGCAAA